AAGAUCUUCCUCUAUUAGGUGCAACAAUCAGGUAAAUCUCCGAUUUGAAAACCCUAGAUCUCUCUCUUUCUCUUCUGGGUUUUGCUCAAAGAUGGGUGACAGCGAAGAUGAAACUGGGUAUCCAAAAAAGUUUUACUCUUUGAAUCGGCAAAACCAUCCAAUGUAUAGUAGACCAAUACCUAAGCGUCACGCGUAUUACAAUGAAGAAGAAGACGAAGAUGAAGUCGAAGGCGAAGAAGAAGAGCCACAAGGAGGAUACAUUCGUGGGAAUGAGAGGUUUCAGAAGAGACAGAAACCAAACAAACCGGUUGUGUCUGGGUUUGAAUUUGCUGGUCCUAGUGAUACUAAAGUUGCGUAUGAUUGGAGAGAGCAAGAAGCUUUUGUGUUGCUUGAAGUUUGGGGAGAUAGGUUUUUGCAAUUGGGUAGGAGGAGUUUGAGGAACGAGGAUUGGAAUGAAGUAGCUGAGAAAGUGAGUGAGGAGCUAAGGAUGGAGAAAUCUGAGACGCAAUGUAGGAGGAUGAUUGAUAACUUGAAGAGGAAGUAUAGGAAAGAGAAGAUGAAGGUUGAGAAAUCGGGUUUAGGUUCGAGUAAAUGGGGGUUUUUCAAUAAGUUGGAUAUGUUGCUUUGUGUUUCGCCUAAGUCGGAUUUAGGUUUAGCUUGUGGUGUUGAUUCAGGUGAGUUUGUGUUUAUGAACACUAAGGUUUAUUUGGAUAAGUCGAACGGGUUUGAUGAGAUGAUGGAUAGUCCUGGUGAUUCGGAAGAGGAGGAGGAUGAUGAAGAUGAGGUUGAUUACGAGAGGAAGAAGGUUAAUGACGCUGCUUCGUAUAAGAUGUUGGCGGAUUCGGUUGAGAGGUUUGGGAAGAUUUAUGAGAAGAUGGAGAAGAGUAAGAAAGAGCAAAUGAAGGAGUUGGAGAAGAUGAGAGCUGAUUUUCAGAAGGAUUUGGAGUUGCAGAAGAAACAGAUUGUCGAUAGAGCUCAGAGUGAGAUUGCGCGGCUACGUGAAGAGGAAGAGAAUCAUCAUGGUGGUGGUGAUGAUGAUGAGAGUGAAGAUGAAGAAAUGGAGAAUGAUUCUGAUGUUAAUCUCAGUGAUGAGUAAGUUAUCAACUAUGUAGGCUUGUGUUGUUUUAGAUGUUCUGUUUUUUUUCGUUUUGGGGGAAUUUAGAGAACUGAUAGUUUUUGUAAUUUGUGUUUGGUCUUUGCAACUUUAUUAAUUAAGGUUAUUUGCAAUU